CAUAAAUGUCAAUUUUUAAAAAAAUAUUUUUUUUAUUUUAAAUAAACAAAUCUAAAUAUCCAAGACUCUAUUAAAGGAACAGAACAAAAAUGUUUCAAUUAAUUACGAAACCUCGAAACCAACCCUCUGGAAUUUUAAGAAACCUUUUAAAACGCCAUUUGGCUGCUACUAAAACUGGAAAACCCACUUCAAGACCUCCACCAGCCAAACCCGCCACUCCCACUAAAAAGGAAAAGCAAGUCCCCGGCAAGGAUGCACCACCCAAAGAAAAGAAACCACAAAUUAAAACCGUACAAAUAUAUCGCUGGAAACCGGGUGAUAAACCCAAAAUGCAAACCUAUAAAGUGGACUUGAGCAGCAUAAAUCCCAUGGUUUUAGACGUGUUGCUCAAAAUCAAAAACGAUAUGGAUCAAACUCUAACUUUUCGACGCUCGUGUCGUGAAGGUAUUUGUGGUUCGUGUGCAAUGAAUAUUGGAGGCAUUAACACUUUGGCCUGUAUCUAUAAAACUGAUACGAAUCUCUCAAAACCUUUAAGAAUUUACCCUUUACCGCAUAUGUAUGUUAUCAGGGAUUUGGUAACAGAUUUCUCACAAUUCUACGAGCAAUAUCGUUCCAUACAGCCAUGGUUGCAGCGCAAAGAUACCAAGAAUGAAAUUAAGGGUUGUGCCCAAUAUUUGCAACAUCCCGAAGAUCGCGAUGUUUUGGAUGGUUUGUAUGAGUGUAUUUUGUGUGCAUGUUGUCAAACCGCCUGUCCUUCAUACUGGUGGAAUAGUGAUCGUUACUUGGGACCGGCUAUUUUAAUGCAAGCCUAUCGUUGGGUCAUCGAUUCACGUGAUGAGGCCACCGAAAAACGUUUGAAACAUUUGAUGGAUCCAUAUAAACUAUACCGUUGUCAUACUAUAUUAAAUUGUACCAAUACUUGUCCGAAGAAUUUGAAUCCGGCCAAGGCCAUUGUUAAGUUGAAGCAGUUGUUGGCCGGCUUGAAGAGCAAAGAGAAGCCCAAGUUGGAGACGGGAAAAUUGUUCAAGUCCUAAGUUUGGUUUGGGUUGGUUAAGGUUUGGGUUGGACUUUUUUAUAUUUUAAAUAAAGAUUUUGGUUGUGAAAUAAUCCAGUUUGAAGGGAUUUUAGUAAAUUUUGGUACAAUUUUAUGGAAUUUUAAUAAGAAGUAGCUUCUGCAGUAGAGUUAGGUUAUGAUACUAUUUCCAUUUAAAGCUUAUAUUUCCAACUUACGAAAGAAAUUUUUUUUUUUCGAAAAAUAUUAACAAUCCUGAACCAAAAAAUUAAAUAUAAUUGCAGA